AUGCAGCUGCAUAUAUCGCCUAGUUUGAGGCAUGUCACCGUUUUGCCUGGUAAAGGUGUUAGAGAAUUUAUAAAAGUGAAGAUUGGGUCGAGAAGAUUUUCGUAUCGAAUGGUCUUUUAUUCGCUUCUGUUCUUCACUUUUCUUCUUCGUUUUGUGUUUGUGUUAACUGCUGUCAACGCCAUUGAUGGAGAAACCAAAUGUUCAACACUAGGCUGCUUGGGGAAAAAAUUAGGUCCAAAAAUUUUGGGAAGAAGAAUUGAAGCAACUAUUCCUGAAGUUAUAUAUCAAGUUUUGGAAGAACCUGUUAAUCAAAGUGAAAUAGAAUUAGGACCAGAAAUCCCUCAAACACUUGAAGAUUUUGUUGCUGAGAUGAAAGAUGGACAGUCAGAUGCAAAGACCUUUGCUGUCAAGCUCAAAGCUAUGGUGACGUUGUUCGAACAAAGGACUAGAACAGCGAAAAUCCAAGAAUAUCUGUAUCGCCACGUGGCAUCGAGUAGCAUACCGAAACAGCUGCAUUGUCUUGCUCUAAGACUAGCGAACGAGCACUCUACUAAUGCCAAUGCCCGUCUCCAGCUACCCUCGGCAGAAUUCGUCCCUGCCCUGGUUGAUAACUCGUUCUUCCACUUUGUGCUCGCCUCCGACAAUGUCCUUGCCGCCUCUGUUGUUGCAUCAUCACUUGUGCAAAACUCAUUGCGCCCUGAGAGGGUAGUCCUACACAUAAUUACAGAUAGAAAGACCUACUAUCCAAUGCAGGCAUGGUUUUCACUGCAUCCUUUGACACCAGCAAUCAUUGAAGUCAAAGCAUUGCACCAUUUUGAUUGGUUAACAAAGGGGAAGGUCCCUGUGUUGGAAGCAAUGGAGAAAGACCAAAAAGUUCGCUCGCAGUUUAGGGGAGGGUCAACGGCCAUUGUGACAAAUAACACUGAACAACCUAAAGUUAUUGCCGCAAAAUUGCAGGCACUUAGCCCCAAGUACAAUUCAGUGAUGAAUCACAUUCGGAUACAUUUUCCAGAGUUGUUUCCUAGUCUUAACAAGAUAGUCUUCCUGGACGAUGACAUUGUGGUGCAAACUGACCUUUCACCUCUGUGGGAUAUCGAAAUGAAUGGAAAGGUCAAUGGAGCAGUCGAGACAUGUAUUGGUGAAGACAAAUAUGUCAUGUCGAAGAAGUUCAAAAGUUAUUUGAACUUUUCUCAUCCUCUGAUAGCAAACAAUUUUAAUCCUAAUGAAUGUGCAUGGGCAUAUGGCAUGAACAUUUUCGAUCUAGCCGCUUGGAGGAAAACAAAUAUUAGUCAGAUAUACCAUCACUGGAUUGAAGAGAACAUAAAAUCAGACUUAAGUUUGUGGCAGCUAGGAACCUUACCUCCCGGUCUAAUAGCUUUUCAUGGACAUACCUAUGCGAUCGAUCCCUUUUGGCACAUGCUAGGAUUAGGAUACCAGGAAAACACAACUGUUGCAGAUGCUGAAAGUGCCGGUGUCAUCCACUUUAAUGGUCGAGCAAAGCCAUGGCUAGAUAUAGCAUUUCCACAACUACGACCACUGUGGACCAAGUAUGUCAACUUCUCAGACAGAUUCAUCAAGGGAUGUCAUAUAAGAGCAUCUUAG